CGAAAACUUGCGCUCCCGCCAGCUUCUCAUUCAUCCAAAAAUUCAAAGUUUCGAAAGGCUUCCAAGAGGUUCCAGUUCCAACUUCCAAUCCACUCUCAAGCAACUCCGAUCGACAAUGGCUGCUUCACCUACAGGUUCCGGAUCCGCGAUGGUUCUCGCUCCGUCUUCGGAAACUGAAUUGGAGCUCACCUCCGUCAUCUACGAUAUGUCGCAGCAGGUCCAGAACGCAAUGGCGGAGAUGCUUAAGAUGACAAGUGAAAUGGACCAAACUUCUGCUGGAGUAACGGAGGAGAUUGGGAAAUGCAAAGAGGCGGCUAUGGAGAGGAAGAAAGCUUUGGACGAAGAGAAAGAGAAGUUCCAGAAAGCUGCCUAUUCCCUUCUGGAUAUACUCAACCGCCGACAUUGAUGACGGUAAGCAGGAUUGCAUGUCCUUAAAGAAACAUUAAUUCUUCAGAGUUCUAGCUUUAAUAUACACAUUCAAAGGUGUCUGUGGCUAUUGCAUUGUUAAAAUCACAAGAGCACAAUUCCUAGAAUCAAAGAAACAAGAAGGGAAUUACACACAAAAAAGUUGCAAUAAUAUGCUCAGAAACCCUUUGAAAGUAUGUGUCUGAGAGUCCAUAAGGAAGAGACAUACGAGUCGUAUCGAAUGACAGUCCGGAAUCUAAAAAGCAAACAAGUUGUCAUUCUCUCUUAGGGCGUCCAGAUCUUCAACCUUUGUGCCAUCCUCCAUGACAAUUUUGUUUCCUCUGUUUCCAAACUUCUUUUCUGCAAGGGAAAGGUGUAUACAAGGUUAAAAUCUCUCGCUUUAUUGUGUCUGCAAUUCCUUAUACUGCUUACGAGAUGCCACUAAACAUGUUGUAUAGCCGUGUGUGAUAUUGUAAACCUGCUAGUCAGUGCCUGUAGUCCUCUCAUUAUAGGUACUUUCAGCAUGAUGGAAUGAAAUUUGUUGUGUUGCAUAUUUCUGUGCUUGUGCAAUGUUUUUAUCCCUGAUU